AUGAGUAGUACAGUUGAACGAGUGUUCCAACCCGGCUAUCCGUUGCGUCUUCUUUGUCUCGUUUCGACUCAAGACACUGAACCGCAAACCAAGUCGGUGGAGAAGGACGGACUGACCUGGUCAGUUUGUUGCACCGGACUUGAUCAACUGUAAAAUAUUAAAAAAAAAAAAGUGCUGCCCAGGAUCUGACAAGUCUGUCCUGCACUACUUUUUUCAAAACUUUCUUUUUCUUCAAGGACUGCAAUCUGGCGUUCCCACGACUACGCCGCAAACAUCAAAAACAUCAAUGUUAUGAUAACGUGCAACGGCCAGCAACCGAACACUUUCUACAUGGUCGAGUGCAAAGUGACCACUAACGACACUUUCGACGUCGGCCUCAACAACGAACUCAACCGGGUGUGUCUCGAUGAGAAUCGCCGAAGCAUUCGAGUUGACAAUAUCUACGCGUUUGCUCAAGUCAAGUAAGUUUUUCACACAGAAAUAGAAACAUAUUUUUAAAAAGGUGUAGCUUUCUAGUCAUUAGGAAGCCAAAUUUUGCAAAAGUUUGACAUUCCUAAUUCCGCUUUUAGCAAAGCCUGUUCAGAGAAACCGAGGGCUACCAAUGUUCUCACUGGAUGUCGGUGAGCAUCGAGUCUGUGGUGGAAGUUCCAAAGUUUGAUUGGAACGAUCAGAUGUGGCCACUCUCAACGAGCUGGUACGCCCACGGAAAAGAAGGAGGCCUCCGACUGCGUGCAUCGGAUCUCGAAAAUAUGAACAGAAAGCUGUCAAAGCUCCGUAAUGAUCUGAUUGCGAGCGUGGCUUCCGUUGGAGAACGUGACGCGUUUUAUGAGUUUGCAUCCGUUCUGUUCCAUCGUUGGUUCUUUGGCCAGGACCAGUUCCACAUUGCUCUCAGAAACGGCUUCAAGCUUGGUUUCACGACGAGAUGGGAUCAGUGGGACAGAGCGGACACGGACUUGGACUUUAUGACCAGAACGAUGCUUCCCCUCUACCAACACUUUAAAGUUUUUGUACGUGUAUAAAAUAACAGUGACUAUAACCAAAUGUUAAUUACAGGAAGAACCGGAAACUAAAAUAGUGGCUCACCAGCGAACGAUCAUCCGCCAGUUCCGUCUACGCAUCAAUCUGGACGACCCACUCGCCCGACACCAAAUCCAAAACGUUGAAGACAGUUCGACAGUCAAAUGGUGAGCUAUAAAUUGAGGAUUUGUACGGAAUUGACAAACAAAUUUGCAGCCAAAUGACGAUCCAGUUCCAAAAGUCAUGCCACGACAACUGGAUGCUUCUGGCCGGAUUGAUAUUCCAACCGCCAGCAGGAAGUCUCUUCAAAAUGUCGGCGAAAGUGGAACUGCUGACGAAAGGUGUCCCAGUCUACUCGGGCCAAGGGUACCGUACCAUUCACGACAACCAGAGAUCUUUGUGUCUUGUCAUUGGAACAAUCCCUGAAGAGAGCAUGAAUCUGUUGAAAGCCGGAGACCUGGUUAUCGUUGGAACGGUUUCUCAGUAUGGAACCAACGUUCCGAAUUUCGAAAACUUUGAAAGAGGCGAACCGGAAGAUAUUGCGGAUCUGCCAGAACAAAGUCCGGAGCCAGUGAUGACAAUGCCCGGAGUAGUCGACGGAUGGCUGUUGUGCCAGGAUGGCAAGCAAAUUGGUAUUAAUCGAGAGGUCUGUGACAUUCAGACAGUUUCAGUGAUUUAAAGUAAUGCCUUCAGUUCUUGAGCACCCAUUCAGAGAUGCUCAAAAGUCGAUUCUAUGGUUCACAUUUCUCGGAUUGCGGCGGAACUACGGCAAGUGUGGAUGCUCCGUCGGACAUUGUCCUCCAAGUCCUUGCAAUUCUCUGGCACCGCUCCCUUGCCCUGAACCCGGACACCUAUGCAUCCGUCCUCCAACUGGCUGAUGGCUGGAUCUGUCCCAUCGUCAAACGCUACAUCGAGGUGGCGAUGCUCAAAUCGAAAGUAAUUCCAGCUAGCGAGAAGUAUGAAAUAGCAACUUUCUACAACUUGGAUGUGAUCAAAGUAGGUUUCACAUGUGAUAAUUGUAGACACACAAUAGCUUUUUCAGUAUAUCCUCCGUCACCCCGAGUACUCGACCGACUUCAAGAUAACUUUUCCUCCGGGUGAGCCACACCUUGCUCCAGAACCAUUUGAUGAUGAAAUUGAUGGAGGACCAUUAGGACGUGCCAAGAAAAGCGAAUCGGACUCCGAAGGACCAGAUGGACCGAACGGAAGCGGACCUGGUGGACCGGGCAGUUCUGGCAAUCUGUCUUCUGCGGGAAGCAGUGGUAUUUUCGAAGACCCCGGCUAUCGAAGAGAAUCUGGAAAUGGAUCUGGAAGUUCCAGUGGACCGGAAUCGCCAAAUGGGGGACAAGGUUCCAGCCAUCAAGGUGCACAAUACUCUCUGGGUAAUUCAAACCGAAUCAAGAGAUUUCUGGGUGAAAGCUUGGAAAGUAUCGAUGACUUGGACGGAUUUCUUGCUAGAUAUCACGCUAGCAGUUCACGCCGAGCCAAAGCCGUGCCGGCUGAACCUGAAACAGGAUUAAAGGCGAUUCGCGCCAUGUUCAAGAAGAAGCUCAACUUGGACAGCUCCUCUUCGCCCAAAAAAGCGACCAAACAACAACAACCUGGAUGCAGCUCCAGGCACCAAGAUGAUGAAGAUGCUCCAAUGUCGAAAAAAUCCAGAACGCUCAACAUAUAAAUUCCUCAAAGGUAAGAAUUUCCCAGAAAAAUUUUCGUAUUUACUCAAAAUUUUCAGAUUUCGAUUAA